AUGUCUCCAAAACCCCCGUCCCUCUCUUUCUCUGAGGUGAUGAAGAAGCAGCAGAAGAAGUUGAGUGAUGGGAUUUUUGGAGACGUCUAUGGAGCCACCACUAUGCUUCUUCCUAAAGACCUCGACCCUGAAAAGCCCAUUUCCUCACCUUUCGAGCUCCGAUUGCAACCCCCAGAUUUUGGCCGUGCUUUUGGUGAUUUUUUGAGAACAAGAGAAGUUGCCGAGUUCCUUAGUGGGGCUUUAGCAGGGGCUAUGACAAAAGCUGUUCUUGCGCCUCUUGAGACCAUCAGGACUAGAAUGGUUGUUGGUGUUGGAUCCAAAAACAUCAGUGGUAGUUUCCUUGAGGUUAUUGAGCAGCAGGGUUGGACAGGACUUUGGGCCGGCAAUGCAAUCAAUAUUCUUCGUAUAAUCCCCACGCAGGCAAUUGAGCUCGGUACAUUUGAGUGUGUUAAACGAGCAAUGACAUCAGCACAAGAGAAGUGGAAGCAGGGUGAUGGUCCAAAGUUGCAAAUCGGUAAAUUCAGUUUGGACUUACCUCUUUCUUGGAUUUCUCCAGUAGCCGUGGCUGGUGCUGCUGCUGGAGUUUCCGGCGCGAUUGUGUGUCACCCCCUUGAAGUUUUAAAGGAUCGGUUGACUGUAAGUCCUGAGGCAUAUCCUAGUUUAAGCAUUGCAAUCGGCAAGAUUUAUAAGGAUGGUGGAAUUGGUGCGUUCUAUGCUGGUCUUUCGCCUACACUGAUAGGAAUGCUUCCCUAUAGCACAUGUUAUUAUUUUAUGUACGAGACAAUGAAGAAAUCUUGCUGCCAAUCAAAAAAUAAGGAAUCUCUAAACCGUCCAGAGAUGCUCGUGAUUGGAGCCCUUGCAGGUCUGACCGCUAGUACAAUCAGCUUUCCACUAGAGGUGGCUAGGAAACGGCUGAUGGUGGGAGCUUUGCAAGGAAAGUGUCCGCCACACAUGGCCGCAGCACUUUCUGAAGUCAUUCGGGAGCAAGGUCUUUUGGGACUCUACAGAGGGUGGGGUGCAAGCUGUUUAAAGGUCAUGCCAUCCUCCGGCAUAACAUGGAUGUUUUAUGAAGCUUGGAAGGACAUAUUGCUGUUUCAGAGACAUCCCUUGUAACUGGUCGGUUCGAAACAAGAUUUCACACAGAAUUUGCAGUCGAAAGUUGUGGAGUUCUCUGAUCCACAUGACAAUGCAGGAAAAGUCAGCUAAAAGCAUAAUGUGCCAAGGCCUCUAGGUGAUUUUAUUGGUAGACCUGAGGCUGAAUCUCAAGUUUUGGGUAAUUUAUUAUGGCCGUUAUUUUGAUUUUGAUUUGAUUUUUUUCCCCUUCUUUUAACACUUUGUCAGCUGAUUAAAUCCGCGGUUGGAGAAUCCUCUUUCGACAUAAGAGCUGUUUUUUUUUUUUUUUUUUUUUUUUUUUUUUUU